AUGGAAGAGCCAAUGGAAUUAACAUAUCUCAAUUUGGCAUCAAAUAAAUUGUCUGGUGAAAUACCAGAUUGUUGGAUGAUGUGGCCAAAUCUAGUCAUUGUGAAGUUUGACGACAACAUUUUUAGUGGAAACUUGCCUACAUCCUUAGGAUCCUUACCAUGGUUGGGUUCUUUACAACUUCACAGAAACUUACUUUCAGGAAAUUUUCCUAUUUGUUUAAAGAACAAUACUAAAUUGGUUUUCUUGGAUCUUAGGGAAAAUCAAUUUUCAAGGAUUAUUCCUUCAUGGGUUGCACAAGUUCUCUUCAAUUUGAAGGGUUUUCUCCAAGGAUCAAACAAAUUUGUUGGUGAGAUUCCCAAUCAAAUAUGCUUUUUGAAAUUUCUACAAAUUUUGAACCUUGCACAUAACAACUUGACUGGACAAGUACCAAAAUGCAUCAACCACUUGACUGCUAUGCUGGUGAAGAAUAAUAGUUUAGAAUCAUACGUUGAGAGAAAAAUAAAUAGAAGUUACUAUUAUAUACAAGAUGUGCUCCUUGAGUUGAAAGGAAGAGAUGAUGAAUAUAGUUUUUUAGAACUUGUCACAAGUAUGGACCUUUCAAGUAACAAAUUGUCUGGAGAUAUACCAAGAGAGACCACAAGUCUCAAGGGGUUGCUUUUUCUGAACUUGUCCAACAAUAAUUUGCAUGGUCAGAUUUCUCAAAGUAUUGGCAAUAUGAAAUCAUUGGAGGCUAUGGAUUUCUCAAACAAUCAACUUUAUGGUGAAAUCCCACCAAGCUUGUCCAAUUUAAAUUUCCUGAGCAAGUUGAACUUGUCUUACAAUAAUUUUAUUGGGAAAAUUCCAAUGGGCACCCAAUUGCAAAGUUUGGAGGCAUGUAGUUUUGUUGGCAAUGAUCUAUAUGGUCCUCCACUACAAAACAAUUGA